AUCGUUGUGCUUGUCUUCUUUUUGAACCUAACACGCGAUUGGCUAACAGCUAUUCACUUUUCGUAUUUUCGCUCUACAUUUCAGUUUCUCAUUACCGCCAGACCUGUAUAUCUAUAAGACCGUGAUCUUGAGCAAUUGUAUCAGACUUCUUUGUCAGGAAAAGAACAUUUUCGUCGGUUGUCAGCUCCAGACAAGUUUUGUUUUAUUUUACUAAAUUUUUGUUGAAACACGAGCAACACUUAAACGUUAAAAACACCGCGUCUUAUAAUCUCCGUGAUCCAUAAAUAAUCCCGUAGCACGGUCUUACGUAGUACACUGUUCACGAGAUACCAAUUCAUAGUGUUUGAUACUGGUUCAUAUUGGUUCAAAUUGUCAUACUUCGUGAACACACUGGCGGACACUAUCCCUCAACGAAGUUUAUUAAUAAUUUUGACUUUCUGGCACUUGGCCUCCUGCAAGGACACAAAUUCGAUUAAGAUUAAGGAGAAGAGUCCUGACUUGCAAGUACAAGAGUUCCAUUCAAUUGCUUAGGAUUCAAUUUAGGUGUUUAAUAAUAUGCCUCCUAAAGCAACAAAGGAAUUACGUGUAUUCGUGAUCAAUGUUGGAUCCGGCACUCGCAACAUUGAUGAUUUCCAAAAAUUAUAUCUAGAUAAAGCAAAAUAUAUACUGAAACGUUGUAUAGAAAAAAAAAUAUUUUUGGAUCCAAAACAUGAAAUUGGCCUUGUGGUACUAGGUACCGAUGUUACUGAAAACGAUUUGGAAUUUGAUAAUAUCCAUCAAGUCACAGAAAAUAUACAAGUUCCAACAUGGACUUUAGUCAAACAUGUAACAAAUUUGCAAGCAACAGCUUCUUCAUCCAAUUGGAUAAAGGCAAUUUAUGUAGCAUUAAAGAUUCUUGACAGAGGAUUUGUGGAAAAGUCAUGUGUUCAAACAUUAAUGCUGUUAAAUGAUUUUAACGAAGAGCCAACUGUCAUUGAAGAAUUCGAUGUAAAUGAAGUUGCAAACGAGAUACGUGAGCGUGAUGUUAGAUUUAUUCCUAUUGGAGAACGUGACAUUUCACAAAACUCUUUGUCUGCAAUGAAUUCAAGCGAGAAAUUUGUCAUGAAACUCUGUGAAAAGACUGACAAUCAAUAUUUUACACUGGAUGAUGCAGUUCAACAAACAUCUUUCUACAGACAGCGACCCACAAAACCAAUAGGAUGGGGAACUACUUUAGAUUUUGCGGGUUUCAAAAUUCCAAUUGCAAAGUACCUGAAGGUAACAAAUUCUUGGAAAUUGCCUACAUGGAAAAAAUUGGUAAAAUCUGAUUAUAAUAAGGAAGUUAAAGUAAAUAGAGUACAUCAAUAUACAGAUCGAUACAGAGAAUCUCAUACUUUCGAGAAUAUUAUAUCUGGAUACAUGUAUGGUGGUGUCUUUGUUCCUUAUACAGAUACCACCAAGACUGAGGCGGAAUAUAAAAGUGGUGAAAAGAGCUUCAUAAUCCGUAACUUUGCAAAGAGAAAUGAGGUUUACCUGGAUCUGUGGACUGGUAAUGGUUCAUAUGUUGUUGUACCUUCAGGCCAGGAGGCGAUCAGGCCAUUCUAUUCAUUAGUGCAGGCCAUGGUGGAUGAAGAUAUGGUAGCCAUCGUCAGGAAAGUCCACUAUUCAAACCUUGCACCAAGAAUGGGUAUUCUGUUUCCAUAUAUCAAUGUCCUCGAUCAACCCGGGUGCCUCGUGUUCGUCGAAAUGAUAUUCACAGAAGACAGAUGUUUGUUGCAUCGAAUGCCAAUGAAUUCUCUUGUAAAACAAUUGUCGAAGGAACAAGAUGAAGCCAUCGAUGGAUUCAUAGAUUCGAUGACAUUACCAGAAUCUAGGUGCGCCAGUGAUUCUGAUGAAAUUGAGAAAACAUUUGAUGCCGGAACUGUACAUAAUCCUGGGAUUCAGCACGUGUGGAAUGUACUUUCCCGUCGUGCAUUAAAUCCAGAUAGUGAAAUACCUCCAAUGGAGUCAUACCUCUCUAAAUUAGUUAUGACACCAGCACCAUUGAAAGAAAAAAGUUUGCCUUAUUUGAAAAAAAUAGAGAAGUUAUUCCAGUGGAAAGAUACAUACGAGACUAAAAAUAAAUUAAAUGACAAAAAAGAGACAGAUGUAAAAGAGACUAAAGAGAAGUUGCAAGAUGAUUCAAAAGCAGGAAGCAAAAAUAUAGCAGAAGACGCUCCUGAGGUACAAGAAACAAUGGAUGCAGAGCUUUCGCAGCAAUUUAUUGAUGAUGUAGAUUUGGAUAAUUUGGCUAUGAACAUGUGAUUCCUCAGGUUUGCUCUUCAAAUUUAAUGAUAUAUGUAGAGCUGUAAUCAGCAGCCCGUAUUUUUAUGAAAAAUGUAUUCAGUUCAUUUUACAUUGUCAUAGAUAGCACUUCUAUUUUUAUUUCUAUACGUCUUUCAAUGUUUAUUAUGUAAACAUUAAUGUGAUAAUGUGAUGUAUGUUAUUAUUUUUUUAUUCAAUAAAUAUGUAAUUUGUA